AUGUCUAAGCAACUCAAGAUCAAUCUACCGUUAAUCGAAGCCCUCAAGCAUAUGCCAAAAUAUGCUAAGUUUUUAAAGGAUCCCCUGAAAGGGAAAGAUAAGUUAGAGGAGCUAUCAAAUGUCUCUUUGAAUGCCGAAUGCUCUGCAGUGGUGAUGAAGACGCUACCGAAAAAACUCACUGAUCCGGGUAUCUUCACGAUCUCGUGUUUAUUUGGUUGUGAUGUUCAAAAUCAUGCGUUAGCCAACCUUGGAGCUAGUAUUAAUUUGAUGCCAUAUUCAUUUUAUGAAAAACCAGGCCUUUGUGACCUCAAACCUACUCUGCUAGAUAUGGAAGCGGAUGAGAAUGUGCCUUUAAUUUUAGGACGUCCAUUUUUGUGCACUGCUAAGGCCCUCAUAGAUGUUUUCUUAGGUACUAUUACGCUAAGAGCGGGUGAGGAAACAAUAGUGUUCAAGGUCAAUAAGGCGAGGAGUUCGAGUGCUAAUGUGGAGUCGGUAGCAUCGAUUAAGGAAAGUGAGAAGGUUGAGAGAGACAAGAAAGGGGGGAUGAGAGACCAUAGUCUAUAG